AUGGAUUCGAACGUAAUAGAGAGUGAUGCGGGGAGAGCCUGCGCUUGCGAGACUGGCCCGACGUUGGGAGUGCUCAACGAUGUGCACAGGGCCUAUGAAGAGAGGAUGGACGUUAUAAACCGGACGGCCGGCUCACAGAAACUACAGAAACAAGUGGAAUUAUUUCAGUCGUGGGUAGGCGAUCUGGUGGCGCAAAACGGUCUCCUCGCUAGAACUGUAGAGGACCUGGAAAUCGAACUCACUUCCCGCAUCCUCAGCGAGAGGCGGAAAUACUCCGAGAUGGUGGCAGAAAUGCGCGUCGAAGUGUCGACGUUGCGUCGCCGCCUGGCGCGCAAGGACUCUGAUUUACGCGGACUCCUGGAACUGCUGCGUCGCCUGAGGGAGCAGGACUACUGCGCCAUCGACAACAUUCACUUCAACGAGGUCACGCAGUCGGACAUUUUCGGACCCGUCACCUGGUUGGUGAUACCUCAGAAUCGAGCCUUUGUUGAUUACGUCUUUAUUUCAGGACGCCUACAUUGGAGCGGGGCGACUCGCGGGGAGAACGAAAGGAGUAACAAAGGCUAUGACCACGUCGACGAGCUGAAACAAAGAAUAGAUAUAUUACAAAAGGACAACCUCAGUAAGGAAAGGGAAAUCCGGAAAUUAAACAAAGAUCUGCAACAAUAUGAACACUCGCUAGCCAAUUUGAAGAAAGAGGUGUCAAGGAAUGACUAUCACACGACAAACGUCAGCGGAAAGGACGUAGCGGUGAUGACCGAUGUAUGCUUAUCUGGAAGCAAAGAGUGCGGUGACGCAGAGCCGGUUAAGGAGUUCGGUGGAUUGUUGAGCGACGCAGUGCGGUACCACGAACAGAUCCAGCACAUGGAGUCGAGCGGCGAUAGCGUGCGCGCGCUUCGCGAAAUGAAUGUUUCCUUGACGGAUGAGGUGCACGCGCUGCACCGCGUCUGCGCAGCUCUGGACGAGCAGUGCCGCGUCUCCGCCUUGCGGUCGCAGUUUAAGGAGGAGAUCAUCAGGGAGAUGCGGAGACAGCUCCGCAAAGCUAAGGCUAAAUUAAAAGAAGGAUUAGGGGACAAGAGUAACUUCGACGCCCAAAGCGGGGCUCGGUCAUAUGAGUCGUUGUGCGUGAGCCAGCAGCCUCGAAGGAAGCGGAGGGAAUUACCAGAUCUGGACAUGAACACCGACUGGAUCUGCCAGAACUUUGACGGCUCCGGGGACGAUGGUUCCUUUAAAGGACAGUAG